GCCAUCAUGUGAAACAUAUUGUCCGUCAGAGGACGUCAACUAACCAUGACACACGGCCGGAGAGAGCCCCCGAGGCACCCGGGUUAGAGAUACCGGCGUCUCUGGAGGUGAAUUCCUGGGCUAAUAAUACACGCCGCUUCACGUACGCACGCGAGUUUGGGAAAAUGUUUGCUCUACUUGGCUGUGUACCUUGGGAAUAAGACUUCCCCACUGUAGCCAAUUUUUCCGCGGAAAGCUAAGGGUGUGUUGUGGUAUGGCUUCGGUAGCGUGCGAGUACGGUACCUUAAACCGCAGAAGUACCGACCCUGAGGAACCCAGAGUCUUCAGAAUCGUCUUCGAGAAAAACAAGGAGGUGUACAGACCAGGGGAGUGUCUGGCGGGGGAGAUCGCGGUGGAAUUCUCCGAGGUCAAAAGGAUACAAGGUAUUGUAGUAGAGUUCCACGGGCUGGGGUCCGUGCAUUGGGAGGAGAACCGCGGCGGCAGCACACACUACAAGCCCGUCACACACUUCGAGAACGAGCAGGUCUAUUUCAACGACAGGACGACCGUCUUCGGGCAGGAGUUAUCAGACGUUGAAGAAGACUCAGUGGUCGUAGAGAAAGGUUUGAGAACGUUCCCGUUCGAGUACCAACUCCCCAACAGACCGAUCCCGCCGUCGUUUGAGGGCGACCACGGCUUCGUGCGAUACUGGUUGAAGGCGGCCAUAAUUCGAGCAGAGAGAAACAACCACGAGUGUAAAAGGGCGUUUACCAUCCUGACGCCGUACGACUUGAAUGACGAGCCAGAAGCUUUGCUCCCCGCAGAGGAGUCGUACACCUUCACCAUCUUCCCCAGCUGGUUCUCGUGUUUCCGGCCGCAGCCUAUCGACAUCCGCGCCCGGACGGACAGGCGCGGCUACGUCCCCGGCGAGACCAUCGUCCUCUCCGCCUCUGUCAAAAAUCACACCAACAAGAAAGUACAGGAGACAUACGCCAAGCUCGUACAGAUUGUCCGUUACUUCGACAACUCGGGAUUUUCGAUCACGACGGUGAAAGAGCUGCAGUCAGUGAAGCAGCACGGCGUGGAGUCCACCACCAUGGCGCGCUUUCCGUCCAUCAACAUGCUGGUGCCGUGUGUCCCGCCCUCCGGCCUCAAGAACUGCCGCUUCAUAGAGAUACGAUAUGAAGCUCAGUUUCUGGCAUCCGUGACUGGUAAGAACUCCGCUAUCAGCGUGUCCCUGCCCAUCCGGAUCGGCACCAGGCCGCUCAAACUCAGACACGGAGUCAAAGCGCUCACGGACAUACCAGAGGAAGAGGAGGAAAACAACAAGGACGACACACAACCGCAACAAAAUGGAGCCAUUGCCGUGACCUCGGUUACCGGGGGAUACAACAUCCGGGACAAUCGGGACAGUCCAUUCAUCCAUGGGGACCUUAUUUUUACACCAAUGUACAAUUACUACGGUAAUUCUAGCUUUUGACCGGCAUUUUUGACCAGUGAUAUUUACUCGCCAUAACGUUAUAUUGUUUAUUUCAUCACUAACUAACCAACAUUUUGCUGACCUACCUUUCUAGAUUGUAUUGUGAAGCAACUGUAUGAUAUUGACUGUUGGGUGAAAAUCAUCUCUAUCAACAUUUUAUAUCGAAUAAGAUUAUCAACAUUGUAAUUAUUUAUUUUAAUCAAGGUAGAAAAUAUCAUUUCUGCUGGGUUAGCCUCAGAGGAGCAUUGGAGAGUAAACACAUUAAUCAUUAAGUGCACGUGUCAGUCAGGAAUAUCCAUGAUUCUGCUUCGUACCUCUGGUACCACAUUGAAUGAUGAACUUAAAAAGAUCUCCUUAAUUAGAACCAGUGAUUUCUGAGGUUUGCACACUUACGACAUCCAGGUGUUCAAGAUUUUCUUGAGAAAGCCUUCAUAACACCGUUCUUCAGUGUUGCAGUCUUGGGGUACUCAGUAAAAUUAUGUGACAGUUGUCAAAGGAAAAUUCCUCAGAUAAUUAAUCUAGAGGGCUAACAUUAAGUCCAGAUAUUUGUACAGCCGUCUUUGUCUGAACUCUGCCUUGAAUAACGGCCCAUGCAGGUCUGCAGGGGAGCUCAAUGCAUUUGAAUUAUGCAAAAUUCAUGGAACACAUUACGAAACAUCAAUACUACCUUAUGUUCACAUCAAUCACCAAAAAUUCAUUAUAAUGGCAUAAAUUGUUUUAAAAAAUUAACAUGGUUCAUAACAUCUUUGAACUGAAAAAUCAUGCACGUCCCCGAUGAGACUGCCAUAUAUGUACAUGUACAUGCUACUGAUUUGAAUAAUAAAGUACUAGUACUGUAUCAUGACAAUUACACUACUUCUAGUUCAUGUGCCAGGAAAGUGAACUCGGUGACCAACUGUAUCUGUCUUUACUUUAUUUAUCUUGUCGAAAGCUGAAUAUAUCAUAAAGUUGUUUUUUUGUUUU